AAGUAAUUGAAAUCAAAUUUGGAGCUUCAUACUUUUGAGUCAAGCCCACUGUACUCUUUCACAAUUGAGUUCAACCCCCUUGAUUCACAAUUUCAGCCUGCAAGGUCGCCUGCAAACCGCCGUCGAAAGCCUCCUGUUAUUUAUUUCUUCUGCGUCUCGAUUCAAUCUUAUGGUGAAAUCUUAUGUUUGUGACCAUGGAGUCGUCACUUCAUCAUUCGCUGCUCUCUCUCCUCGUCGUCUCUCUCUCUUCUCGCAACCAAACCAGCAUCGCCCUCGCCUUCGUCGUCGCACCAUCCCCCUUUACUUCAACUCUCUCCUCACCCUCCCCCCCCUUCAAGUUUCAAGACGCACAUUCGCUUUCUUCCAGGCGAAUGGUAUUUUAGUGGACGAUCCUCGUAAUUGGAGUCGCAGGAGCGGCGGUGUUGUCGACUAUGGUGUCGACCAUGACGAUGGCGAUGACGAGGACGAAGAUAGUGAAGACGAUCGGAGUUUGGAUCUUCUGGUUCGGUUUGUUGAGAAUAUGUUCAAGAAAAUCUCACGGAAAGCCAGGAAGGCCGUUCGAUCUAUUCUCCCUCUCUCCAUCUCUACCAAAUUGGUCGAUUUCUCUGUUAACGGAACAAUUGUGCUGGCAUUUUUGUGGAUUUUGAAGGCAUUCCUUGAGGUGGUUUGUACCAUCGGGAGCGUGGUGUUUGUGAGCAUCUUAAUCAUCCGGGGUAUAUGGUCGUGGAUAACUUAUUUGCAAGAAAGCCGCAAUUAUAGAUUGAACGAACUUGACGACAACCGCCAUACAUGGACUGCUGCACGUCCUGCAGCUUGAUUGAUCCUCUCGUUUCAUUGUUCGUGCAUAUUGUAAUAAAUUAACACUAACGAACAAAUACUGAAAUGAGAGAGAUGUGAGAUGAUGGAUUCGUAAUUAUUUCAGUCUUUUGUUAGAGACGGCAAAUGUAAAUUUACCAUCUACUUCAAAUCAACGCUGUGGUCCAAAUAGAAGAGGAAGAGUGGAAAUCAACUGGGAAGUGGAAAUUUUGUAGUGUAAUGCAAUAGAAUAUAAAAUUUCAUUCUAA